AACAGAGAGCCCAUCGAUCCAAUCGGCUACUCCCCGAUUCUCUCUAGGUCUUUUGGUGUCUGGUCUUCGCAUCGAUUGCAAUCGGAUCGUAGCUUCACGCACGCCACGGAAGAUGUUCUUGGUCGAUUGGUUUUAUGGGAUUCUUGCUUCUCUCGGUCUAUGGCAGAAGGAGGCCAAGAUCUUGUUCCUGGGCCUCGAUAAUGCUGGGAAAACCACCUUGCUUCACAUGCUCAAAGAUGAGAGAUUGGUUCAACAUCAACCAACACAAUACCCCACAUCUGAGGAACUUAGUAUUGGAAAAAUCAAGUUCAAGGCUUUUGACUUGGGAGGGCAUCAGAUUGCACGCCGUGUUUGGAAAGACUAUUAUGCCAAGGUGGAUGCAGUUGUGUACUUGGUGGACGCAUGUGAUAAAGAAAGAUUUGCAGAGUCAAAGAAAGAGUUGGAUGCUCUACUCUCAGAUGAGUCCCUGACCAAUGUGCCUUUUCUGAUUUUAGGCAAUAAGAUUGACAUCCCUUAUGCUGCAUCUGAAGAUGAAUUGCGUUACAGUCUGGGGUUGACAAACAUCACUUCUGGAAAGGGAAAGGUGAACCUAGCUGAUUCCAACGUCCGGCCUCUUGAGAUAUUCAUGUGCAGCAUAGUCCGCAAGAUGGGAUAUGGAGAUGGCUUCAAGUGGAUGUCUCAAUACAUUAAGUGAUUAGCUGCUCCCAGAUUCUGUUUUUUAUAAUGUUUUUCUCCCCCCCCCCAUAAGACUCAUAGUUGAACUUUUGUCUGUCUGAAAUCAGUGUUGGAUAUUUUCUCUUGUAAAAAAAAGGAUAGGUAUACAUUCUAAACGACUAUGGUAACCAUGGAUAGCUUCGGCAGGGUGGUUUUCAGUGUGAUGCGUGUUGCAAGGCUGUAUGUUGGUCAAUGGGUCCAUUCUCAACUUUUACAAGUUUUUUCAUUUUGUUUAAAAGCCUUUUAUUUUGUUUCAGGUUGGUCGAAAGCUUUUUUUAUUUUGUCUUGUUUAAAUGCCUUUUUACUUUGUUUCA